AUGGGGCAAAGAGGUCAAGCAGGGUGCCUGUUCAUUCUUUUGGUGUUGAGUGAGUUGGUAUCUGUUGAUCUUUGUGGCUCUUCUAGUUCCAGAUCGUCUCUUAGAGACAGAGAUUCUCUAAGACCAGAUUAUAAAUCUUCUGUUAUCCGUUCUUCUUCUCGGGGUCAUAGGGUUCAUGCUCAAUUGCUCCCUGUGAGGGUGGUAUGUCUGGAAAUGAAGUUGGUGGCAAACAUUCAGAGAGACCUCUUUGGGAAGGGAAAAUUGAUUAAUCCUUCAGACCUAACUCUUGGACCAGGUGCCUGCCAAUAUACUGCCUUCCAUGAAUCAAAUGACACUAUUGUCUUUGAGGCAGGGCUUCAUGAGUGUGGCAGUAGGCUUCAGGUGACUACAGACUUGCUGGUUUAUAGUAUAAAUCUAUAUUAUAACCCAACUCCUGCUGGCAACUCUGUUAUCCUACGAAACAGUCCAGCUGUGAUUUUAAUCGAGUGUUCUUAUCCAAGGAGGAGUAAUGUAAGCAGCAAGGCUAUCCAACCGACCUGGACUCCAUUCAGUUCUAUGCUGUCCUCGCAGAAAGGGCUGAAGUUCACCUUGCAACUGAUGACUGAUGACUGGAGUACUAAGAGGGUUUCUUCUAGCUAUCAACUUGGAGAUGUUAUUUCCAUCCAAGCUGAUGUGAACUCUAGAGGUCACGUGACUCUUAGACUCUUCAUUGAUAGCUGUGUGGUUACGUCAAAACCCAACCAAGAUUCAACUCCUUCUUAUACUAUUAUUGAUUUCCAUGGGUGUCUAGUUGAUGGUCGGCCAGAAAAUGUUGGAUCAACCUUCAUCUCCCCAAGGGCCAAGCCAGAGACUCUUCAGUUUAUAGUUGAUGCUUUUAAAUUUUCAAGGGAAGCCAAGGAUCAGAUCUAUAUUACGUGCCACCUGAAGGCCACUGAAGCUGCUGACCUGCCAGAUCCUUCAAACAAAGCUUGUUCCUUCAACAAAUCAAGCCAAGAAUGGUCUCCUGUAGAAGGUACAGAUAAUAUCUGUAGCUGUUGUGAAGCUGGUAGCUGCAGGAAAGGCCAUCUUCCAAACAUACUUACCAGAAGUCACUGGAAAAGGAGUAAGUUGUAUUGGAAAGAUGAACCUAGAGGAGAAAAUGAGGCUCAUGUGGUAGUUGGACCUCUGGUCAUUUCUGAUGUGACAAUACAUCCCAACAGCACUGAUAACCAGGACAAAAGAGCUAGAACCAACUCCCAAGGUCUGAAGAAAGCACCUAAAACAAUACUAUUGGCAGCUGGAUCUGUAGUAUUUUUCUAUCUCUCAUGCUACGCAUAUGGGAAGAUAUGA